AUGAUGGUGACCAAGUUUGAACCCUUCAAGCAGAAAGAGCAAGUGAGGAUCUGCGGACCACAGCUACGUGGGCUGGCCUUCAGCGUGAAUGACCAGUUCCCCCGAGAGAUCCUGGAGUGCGCAGGCAGCAUUGCCCUGUAUGGCCAUUCCACCAAGCUGCACCUCCCGUUCAGUGGACUUACAGAGGAGUUCAAAGUUACCCGCUCCAGAGAGGUGAUGAUGUACAGGGACUCAGCAGAUGUCAAGGUGACCUCGGCAGGAAUUCUGGUCAAGACCGGGAGAAAGUGGCAGGCUCAAGAAGCCGUUAGCAGAGCGGAGGCAAGGCUGAGGCACAAAACCUUGGUUGGAACCGUGGCAACGGGGAGGGCAGGCCUUGGCAGCUUUCCCAAACCACGCUACGACCACGCUCGUGGUAAGGAGAAGCGCCAACUAGUCCAAGAAGAGAUUCGUGCUGAGGUGGAGGAGGAACGCUGCAGCAGGAUGGUCGGCAUGUCCAAGCAAGGGGCGUGGACAAGGUGGGAGCAUGCAGAACCUCGCAGACUCACCUGGGCAGAGCUCUGGAGAGCUGAACCUCUGCGCACAAAGUUUCUUAUCCAAUCAGUCUACGACGUCCUCCCAAGCCCGGCCAACCUGCACACCUGGGGCCUGGCAGAUACGCCGGAGUGCAAGUUGUGCCAGAGGAGGGGCACCAUGGAGCACAUUUUGAGCUGCUGCCCAAAGGCUUUAGGAGAGGGGCGGUAUCGCUGGCGCCACGACCAAGUUCUAAAAUCCUUGGCGGAUUCCAUCUGCACAGCGAUACAGUACAGCAAGACCCAGGUCGCCCCGAAGCAGUCAAUCGCAUUUGUUAGAGCAGGGCAGAAGGCCAAACACCAACCAAACUCCGCAGGAGGACUCCUCGCUUCCGCUCGUGACUGGCAGCUCCAAGUUGACCUGGGAAGGCAACUCAAGUUCCCAACUAACAUAGCUACCACUUCACUCCGCCCAGAUAUGGUAAUAACAUCGGAGUCCACCAAGCAAGUGGUCCUGCUGGAACUGACGGUCCCCUGGGAGGACCGGAUUGAUGAGGCCAACGAGCGCAAGAGGGCCAAAUACGCCGAGCUCACCACAGAGUGCCGGAGCAAUGGCUGGAGAGCCCGCUGCGAGCCAGUGGAAAUCGGGUGCAGAGGUUUUGCUGGACAUUCACUCCAGAAAGUGCUCAAACUCCUUGGAGUUAGAGGACUGCAAUUGAGGAGAGCCACCAAGAACAUCCUCGAGGCCGCAGAAAAGGCCUCGCGGUGGCUGUGGAUCCGUAGGGGGGAUCCGUGUCUGUCGGCUGUAAAGAGAGGCGACUCUGCAUUUGUCAGGGAGUCUGGGAGAGAGCUGCACCGUUUCACCCGCUGGUUCCGGACAUCCCUGAAUAACGGCGCUCGACACCCUCGGGUGCUGGACCGGUGGAGGGGGGGACUGGACCCGGACCAGGUGAAGCUCCGCGGCCACCUCGAAGCCUGCUCUCCUGGAAACAUGUCGGAGUUUUUACUUCUCGCCUUUCUAGCCCUUUUCUCGGGAUUAUUGCCGUGCGCCGAGCCCUCCAAGGUGUCGGAGGAGGAGAAAGAAGCCAUCUUAUGUGACGUAGGAGAAUUUCACUGUCAUAACCAACAAACCUGCAUCCCUGAGGCCUGGCUUUGUGAUGGCGAGCCUGACUGCCCUGAUGACUCAGAUGAAAGUGAUAAAGUUUGUGUACAGGAGGUGGUGAUCAGAUGUCCCCUUAAUCACAUACAGUGUAUCGGGACAAAAAAAUGCAUCCAUUUCAACAAACUCUGCAAUGGCGCUAGGGACUGUGAGGAUGGGUUUGACGAAGGAGUUCACUGUCGAGAGCUUCUGUUAGCGUGCCAUGAGCUCCGGUGCCGCUAUGGUUGUGUCAUGACUAGAAAUGGCACUUUCUGUUUCUGUGCCGAUGGCUUCGAGGUCGGUGAGGAUGGAACAAGCUGCAGAGACCAUGAUGAAUGUGCCAUGUACGGUGCAUGCAGCCAAACCUGCACAAACACCUACGGGUCAUACAGAUGCAGCUGCUCAGAGGGGUACAUUCUACAACCUGACAGGAUAUCUUGCAAGGCCAAACAAGAUCCUGGUGACAGCCGUCCGGUGCUUCUGAUUGGUGGUUCAGAUCGUAUCGUCAUCACCCACCUAAAUGGAACAGGCCUUCAGCCCCUGAGGUCUCUAAGUGUAAAUGGAACUGUGGCAUUGGAUUUCCAGCACAGUCGGGAAAGUGUUUGCUGGGUCCUGUCGACAGAGUCCUCUGGGCAACUCCGCUGCGCUGUAACAAGAAAUCUGCGUGGAUUCACACGGGAACAAGAACUAAGAACACAACACAGUUUGCAACAUGCGGAACAGAUGGCCAUUGACUGGCUAACAGGAAACUUCUAUUUUGUUGAUCGCGUCCAUGACAAGAUAUUUGUCUGUGACAGUAGUGGGGACACAUGUGUUACAAUCCUUCAGCUGGACCUACUGAAUCCUAAAGGGAUAGCACUGGAUCCUCUCAUGGGAAUGCUGUUCUUCACUGACUAUGGGAAUGUGGCCAAGGUUGAGCGCUGCAACAUGGAUGGCACCAACCGGACCCGACUUGUGGAUUACAAAAUUGAGAUGCCCACAGCUGUGGCAUUGGAUGUGAUCAAGAAGCUAUUGUAUUGGGCGGAUGCCUACCUGGACUAUAUCGAUGUGGUGGAUUAUAAUGGCAGGAACAGGCACACCAUCAUCCAGGGGAACAAAGUGUCCUACAUAUAUUCAUUAGCUGUGUUUGAGGACUACCUCUAUGCUAUCCACUCAGACCCUUCCAAAGGGAGUUCCACUGUGGAGCUGCUGCACAGGUUCAACGUCACAGCAGAGAGCAGGACACUAGGCAGCGUGGGCAAUUCUACAGGAGUGCGUGUUUACCAUAAACUCUCUCAACCAAAAGUCAAGAGCCAUGCAUGUGAAAUGGAUUCCUAUGGGAAACCAGGAGGAUGCUCCCACAUUUGCCUUCUGAGUGGUAGCUACAAGUCCAAAACCUGCCGCUGUCGCACAGGCUAUAGCCUGGGCUAUGAUGGGAAAUCCUGUAAAAAGCCGAGGAAUGGUUUCUUCCUGUUCUAUGGUAAGGGGCGUCCUGGUGUGAUCCGAGGCCUGGAUAUGAAUAUCAAGUCCACCGAUGAGCACAUGCUGCCGGUUGAGGACCUUGUCAACCCUCGAGCUAUUGACUACCAUGCAGAAAUGGGACACAUCUACUUUGCUGACACCACCAGUUUCCUUAUUGGCCGUCAAAAAAUUGAUGGAAAUGACCGAGAGACAAUACUCAAAGAUGAACUUGAUAAUGUUGAAGGAAUCUCAGUGGACUGGAUUGGGAAGAACUUGUAUUGGACCAAUGAUGGAUACAGGAAGACAAUCAGUGUUGCCAGGCUGGAGAAAGCCUCCCAAACCAGGAAGACUUUGUUGGAAGGAAAUAUGUCACAUCCCCGGGCCAUCGUGGUUGAUCCUCAUAACGGCUGGAUGUAUUGGACAGACUGGGAGGAAGACGAGGUCAACGACAGCAUAGGGCGGAUAGAACAAGCCUGGAUGGAUGGAUCUAACCGGCACAUUUUUGUCACCUCCAACAUGCUGUGGCCCAACGGGCUGACACUGGACCACAGUACCAGCACUAUGUACUGGUGUGACGCCUACUAUGACCACAUUGAGAAGAUUCACCUUAAUGGAACCGGAAGAAUGGUAGUGUACAAAGGAAAAGAGCUGAACCAUCCUUUCGGAAUUUCUCAUCAUCACAAUUUCAUCUUUUGGACUGAGUACAUGAAUGCUUCAGUGUUCCAGCUGGACUUGUCCACAGGCGAAGUGACUCUGCUGCGCAGUGAGAGACCACCUCUAUUUGGCCUGCGUGUCUAUGAUGCACACAGUCAGCAAGGUGACAACGCAUGUAGUGUGAAUUAUGGAGGCUGUGGUACCCUCUGCCUCGCCAUCCCCGGAGGCAGAGUGUGUGCCUGUGCUGACAACCAGGUUUUGGAGAAGAACAAUGUCACCUGUGCAGAAUCUUCAGGCAAUGAUUUUGAGCCAAUGCGAUGUAAAAGUGAUGAGUUCCAAUGCCAUAACCAUCGCUGCAUACAGGCCUCAUGGAAGUGUGAUGGAGACGAUGAUUGUCUAGAUGGAAGUGAUGAGGAGAGCCACAGCUGCUAUAACCACACUUGUCCCAGUGAUCAGUUCAAAUGUAGCAACAAUCGCUGCAUUCCUAAAAGAUGGCUUUGCGAUGGAACGGAUGACUGUGGGAAUAAUGAGGACGAAGCCAACUCCACAUGCUCAGCUCAGCCCUGUCAAGCAGACAAGUUCUCGUGCCAGAAUGGACGUUGUAUACCUCAAAGCUGGAGCUGUGACCGGGAGGAUGACUGUGGGGAUAUGUCUGAUGAAAUAACAUGCACCUUCCCCCCCUGUGAACCUCUCACCCAGUUUAGUUGCUCCAAUGGACAGUGUAUCAGUAUCAAGUGGCAUUGUGAUUCAGAUGAUGACUGUGGCGACGGCAGUGAUGAAAUAGGCUGCAUCCAGACCUGUACUAACAACCAGUUCCAAUGCACCAGUGGACGCUGUAUCCCCGACCACUGGGCCUGUGACGGUGACAAUGACUGUGGUGACUAUAGUGAUGAGAGCACAACUUGCGGGGGCAGAUCAGCAUUGCUGCCGUCUGUGAUUGAGUGCAGCGGGGAAGAAUUUCAUUGUGUCGCAGAUGGAACCUGCAUCCCAGAACGUUGGAGAUGUGAUGGAGACAAGGACUGUGAGGAUGGGAGUGAUGAGAAAGACUGUGAGGGCACCAAAAGGAUGUGUGAUCCCAAGGCCAAGUUUACCUGCAAAGAUACAGGCAAGUGUAUCACAAAGAGCUGGGUGUGUGAUGGAGAUAUUGACUGUGAGGACCGGUCAGAUGAAGAGUCAUGUGAGUCUGCUGUGUGCAUGCCACCCAGAUACCCUUGCGCCAAUGACACCUCUGUCUGCCUGACACCUGAUAAGAUCUGCAACGGCAAAGUAGACUGCGCUGAUCGCUCCGAUGAAGGACCCAUCUGUGACAUGUGCCUUGUAGCCAGAGGGGGCUGCAGUCACCAGUGCACUGUGGCACCAGGCAAAGGAGUUGUGUGUUCUUGUCCCCCUGGGCUUCACCUGAACUCGAGCAACAAGACAUGUGAGGUGGUGGACUACUGCAGCCGUCACCUGAAGUGCAGCCAGGUGUGUGAGCAAUACAAGACCACAGUGAAGUGCUCCUGUUAUCCUGGAUGGUCGCUCGACUCAGAUGGAGACAGCUGUCACAGCACAGAUCCUUUUGAGGCUUUCAUCAUUUUCUCAAUCCGACAUGAAAUAAGAAGAAUAGACCUUCACAAGCGUGACUACAGCCUGCUGGUGCCAGGACUAAGGAACACCAUUGCAUUAGACUUCCAUUUCAACCACAGCCUUCUUUACUGGACGGAUGUGGUGGAAGAUAAGAUCUACAGAGGGAAGCUCUCUGAGGCUGGAGGAGUGACUGGGAUUGAGGUGGUUGUGCAGCACGGCUUGGCCACUCCAGAGGGUCUGGCUGUGGACUGGAUUACAGGAAAAUUAUACUGGAUUGACAGCAACUUGGACCAGAUUGAGGUGGCCAAGCUUAAUGGGGAUAUGCGGGCCACACUGAUUGCAGGAGGCAUGGAGCAUCCUCGGGCCAUUGCUCUUGACCCAGGACAAGGGAUGCUUUUCUGGACUGACUGGGAUGCUACUUUCCCAAGAAUUGAGGCUGCAUCAAUGAGUGGAAAUGGCAGACACAUUGUGUUCAAGGAUAUGGAGAUUGGGGCGUGGCCUAAUGGACUAACGCUGGAUCACUUGGAAAAGAGGAUUAUUUGGACAGAUGCACGCUCCGAUGCCAUUUUCUCUGCACUUUAUGACGGCAGUGGAGUCAUUGAGAUUCUCAAGGGCCAUGAAUAUCUGUCCCACCCCUUUGCUGUGUCUCUCUUUGGAGGAAAUGUCUACUGGACAGACUGGAGGACAAACACUUUGGCAAGAGCCAAUAAGUGGACGGGACAAAAUGUCACAGUCAUCCAAAAGACAAGUGCUCAGCCUUUUGAUUUGCAAAUAUUCCAUCCCAGCAGGCAACCACAAGUCUCCAAUCCAUGUGAGGACAAGGAUGGAGGUGGACCCUGUUCACAUUUGUGUCUCAUCAAUUACAACCACACUGCGUCCUGCACCUGUCCGCACCUCAUGAAGCUUUCGGCUAACAAACAGUCCUGCUUUGCAUUAAAAAAGUUCCUCCUGUAUGUGCGACGGUCUGAAAUCCGUGGCGUGGACAUUGACAACCCUUACAUGAACGUCAUGACAGCACUGACGGUGCCAGAUAUUGAUGAUGUUGCCGUGGUGGACUAUGAUUCUCAGGAGGAGAGGAUCUACUGGGCUGACAUUAAAAGUCAAACCAUCAAACGUGCUUUCAUCAAUGGCACCCAAAUACAGACCAUCAUCACCUCAGACAUAGUGAACUGCCGGGGUCUGGGUUUAGACUGGCUUUCCAAGAACUUAUACUGGCUCAGCUCUGAAAAUGACGAGUCACAAAUCAAUGUGGCUCGCUUUGAUGGGUCCCUGAAGACGUCCAUCAUCCAUGGCAUUGAUAAGCCGAGAUGCCUUGUAGUGCAUCCUGCCAAGGGCAAAAUCUAUUGGACAGAUGGCAACACCAUUAACAUGGCCAACAUGGACGGCAGUAACAGCAAAGUCCUCCACCAGAAUCAGAAGGAUCCUGUAGGUCUCUCAAUAGACUUUGCUGCCAACAAGCUUUACUGGAUAAGCUCAGCCAAUAGCACAAUCAACAGGUGCAAUCUGGACGGCAGUGGGCUGGAAGUGCUGGAGGCUCUAAAGAGGGAGUUAGCGAAAGGCACGGCUCUAGCCGUGAUGGGUGGCAAACUGUGGUGGGCAGAUGAUGACUCAGCACAAAUGGGAACAGUUGCCAAGAGGGAUGGAAAAAACUUUGUGGCUUUAAGAAACAAGACGAGCGGUGUGGCUUAUAUGAAGGUGUACGACAAGGAGGGUCAGAAAGGAACAAACAUGUGCCAGUUUAAUAAUGGAGGAUGCUCACAGCUCUGCUUUCCGACCUCGGAGAGCACUCGCAGCUGCUCCUGCACUCUUGGCUAUAACCUACGUAGUGAUCGUACAACUUGUGAGGGUGUUGACUCAUUCCUGGUGUAUUCCAUCCAUGAGGGAAUCCGGGGAAUUGCUCUUGACCCGAAUGACAAUGGUGAAGCCUUCAUGCCCAUCACUGGAACCCUGUUUGCAGUGGGAGUUGACUUUCAUGCAGAAAAUGACACCGUGUACUGGACAGACAUGGGGCUGAACAGAAUAUCUCGCGCCAAACGUGAUCAGACCUGGAGGGAAGACAUCAUUACUACCGGCAUCAGUCGAGUGGAAGGCAUCGCUGUUGACUGGAUUGCUGGAAACCUCUAUUGGACAGACCAUGGUUUCAAUCUAAUAGAAAUCUCCCGCCUGAAUGGUGCAUAUCGCUCAGUAGUCAUCUCUGAAGGACUCGAUCAGCCCAGGGCCAUUGCUGUACAUCCACAGAAGGGGUAUCUCUUCUGGACUGAGUGGGGGAAGAACCCCUGCAUUGGCCGUUCUCGCUUGGAUGGUUCCGACCAAGUAACCCUGGUAAACUCAGGCAUCAUGUGGCCCAAUGGAAUUUCCAUAGAUUAUGAGGAAAAUACAUUAUAUUGGUGUGAUGCACGUACUGAUAAAAUCGAGAGGAUCAACCUUGAAACAGGUGAGAGCCGGGAGAUUGUGCUGUCAGUGGCCAACGUAGACCUGUUCUCCGUAGCUGUGUUUGGGCCUUAUAUCUACUGGUCUGACAGAGCCCACUCUAAUGGUUCAAUCCGACGUGGUUUAAAGACGGACACAAGUGAGAUUGUGACAAUGAGGAGUGGUCUUGGGGUCAAUUUAAAGGAUGUGACAGUUUUCAACAAAGGGAGAGAAAAAGGGACCAACCCCUGUGCCAGGAGUAAUGGAGGCUGCCAGCAGCUGUGCUUUCACCUGGGCAGUGGUCGCCGGACCUGUUCCUGUGCCCACGGCCGCUUGGCAGAUGAUGGUUUUGCUUGUGUGCGUUAUGAAGGUUAUCUACUCUACUCCGAAAGGACUAUACUGAAAAGCAUCCACCUUUCGGAUGAAAAUGACCUCAACUCACCUGUACAGCCUUUUGAAAACCCUACUUUUUUCAGGAAUGUCAUAGCACUGGCUUUUGACUAUAGUCAAAACACAACUGGGACAAACCGCGUCUUUUUUAGUGAUGCCCAUUUUGGAAAUAUCCAGGUUGUCAAUGAUGACUGGACAGGAAGAUCUACUAUUGCAGAAAAUGUUGGUUCAGUCGAGGGACUGGCUUACCACCGGGCUUGGGACACCUUGUACUGGACAAGCUCCACUACGUCCACCAUUACCAGAGAAACUGUGGACCAGAAAAGAGUUGGUGCCUUUCGCAGGCAGGCUGUGGUGACUCUUUCAGAGGAAGACCACCCACAUGUCCUGGCCCUGGAUGAGUGUCAAAACCUGAUGUUUUGGACCAACUGGAAUGAGCAGAGGCCAAGCAUUAUGAGAUCUACCUUGGCUGGGAAAAACAUAAGGACUGUCAUCAGAACAGACAUCUUGACCCCCAAUGGACUGACGAUUGACCACAAUGCAGAGAAGCUCUAUUUUUCAGAUGGAAGCCUUGGCAAGAUUGAAAGAUGUGACUACGAUGGCUCCAGUAGAUAUGUCAUAGUUAAGUCUGGAUCUGGAAACUUCUAUGGGCUUGCCAUCUAUGCAGAUUUCAUCUACUGGUCAGACUGGGCCCGGCGAGCUGUGCUGCGAGCAAACAAGUACACAGGUGCUGACAUCAAGGUACUGCGAGCAGAUAUACCUCAUCAGCCAAUGGGAAUUAUAGCUGUAGCCAAGGAUACCAAUAACUGUGAGCUGUCUCCAUGCCGACACAUGAACGGAGGCUGCGGUGACCUUUGUCUCCUGAGCCCACAUGGGAGGGUCAACUGCUCUUGCCGUGGAGAACGUGUGCUGCUGGAUGACAACAGAUGUGUGUCAGAGAACUCCUCGUGCAACAUCCACACCGAAUUUGAGUGUGGGAAUGGAGUAUGCAUAAACUACCAGUUGACUUGUGAUGGAAUAGCUCACUGCAAAGAUAAAUCAGAUGAGAAGAUGCAGUACUGUGACAACAGGAGCUGUCGGAGGGGUUAUAAGCCCUGCUACAACCAGCGGUGUGUGGCCAGUAGUCGCUUCUGCGAUGGCAUCGAUGACUGUGGAGAUAACUCUGAUGAAGCUUUCUGUGGCAAUGUCACAUGUGGCUCAUCAGAAUCAACAUGCAAGGACGGGAGCUGUGUACCCAGCUCAGCCUGGUGUAACCAGGUCAUUGACUGCGCCGAUGCCUCAGAUGAAAAACACUGCAAUCACACCGAAUGCUCUCACUUUUAUAAAAUGGGGGUGAAGGAAAAAGACUUCAUCAGUUGCAACUCCACCUCGCUGUGCAUACACCCAUCGUGGAUCUGUGACGGUUCCAAUGACUGUGGGGACUAUGCUGAUGAGACUAACUGCCAGGUAAUACAUGGGCAAAAGUGUGAAGAGGGACACUUUGCUUGUCCUAGUGGGAACUGCAUUUCCAGCGUUUGGCUCUGUGAUGGUCAAAAGGAUUGUGAAGACGGAGCAGAUGAAUUCCAAUGUGACUCAUCAUGCUUGUGGAACCAGUUCGCCUGCUCGAAGAAUAAGUGCAUUGCCAAACAGUGGCUCUGUGAUGGGGAGAAUGACUGUGAAGACGGUCUCGAUGAGAGCAUACAGAUCUGCGGCACAGUGACUUGUGCCCCAGGGCUUUUCAGCUGCCCCGGAUCGUAUGCUUGUGUUCCCAAACGCUGGCUAUGUGAUGGAGAAAGGGACUGUCCUGAUGGGAGCGAUGAACUCUCUGCAGCUGGAUGUGCACCGAACAACACAUGUGAUGACAGCUCCUUUCGCUGCCACAACCAAGCGUGCAUUCCCCAGCGAUUCGUCUGUGACCAUGAUAAUGACUGUGGAGAUGGAUCUGACGAGUCGGUGGAAUGUGUCUAUCGCUCCUGUGGAUCUGAAGAAUUCCGCUGCGGGGAUGGCCGCUGUCUUCUCAGUUCUCAGUGGGAGUGUGACGGUUACGCGGACUGUCCCGAUCACUCUGACGAACUGCCUUUGAACCUAAAAUGCCUUGCUGCAGGAAGCUUGUGCAAUGGCUCCUUCUUUAUGUGCUCCAAUGGACGCUGCAUUUCUGAGGGUAAUCUGUGUGAUGGGAAGGAUGAUUGUGGAGACCAGUCAGAUGAGCGGAACUGCAAUGUGAACGAAUGCUUAAACCGCAGAGUCAGUGGGUGCACGCAGGAUUGCCAGGAUCUUACUGUAGGCUACAAGUGCAAAUGCUGGCCUGGUUUCCACCUGAAAGAUGAUGGGAAGACUUGUGUGGAUGUCGAUGAAUGCUCCACUACCCUUCCAUGUAGCCAGCGCUGUAUCAACACCUAUGGGUCCUACAGGUGUCUGUGUGUGGACGGUUAUGAAGCCUUAGAUCGCAACCCUAACAAAUGCAAGGCUCUGUCAGCUGAGGAACCCUUUCUCAUUAUGGCAGAUCACCAUGAAAUCCGCAAACUGAGUGUGGAUGGUUCAAAUUACACCAUCCUGAAACAGGGCCUCUACAAUAUUAUCCACCUCGAUUUUGACUACAAGAAGGAAUUUAUCUAUUGGGUGGACUCAACCAGGCCGAGCGGUCGAAAGAUCAACAGAAUGCGUCUCAAUGGAAGUGACCUCAAGAUAGUCCACAGGACAGCAGUGCCGAGCGCUUUAGCAGUGGAUUGGAUCGGAAAGAAUCUGUACUGGUGUGAUGCAGAAAGGAAAACCCUGGAAGUGUCUAAAGCCAAUGGCCUUUAUCCUACAAUCCUGAUCAGUUCUGGUCUCAAGAACCCCACAGAUCUAGCCCUGGAUCCCCUAACAGGGUAUGUGUUCUGGGUGGACUGCUGUGAACCCCCUCAGAUUGGACGUAUAGGCAUGGAUGGCCAAGGGCAAAUGGUUAUCAUAGACACAGAGAUCUUUGCCCCCACUGCUCUCACUAUUGAUUAUACCAACAAGAGACUUUACUGGGCAGACAACAACCACAUCCUGUUUGCUAACAUGGAUGGUACCCAAAGACACAAAGUGUCCUACGAUCACAUCCAAGGAGUAAUGGCACUGACUUUAUUUGAAGACUAUAUAUAUUGGACUGACGGGAAGUCCAAAUCACUCCGACGUGCUCACAAGACCACUGGUUCUCAAGGGAUAGAGCUGCUCAACUCCUGGCAAGCCAUCAAGUCCAUCAAGGUCUACCACUCUCUGCGCCAGCCUGAAGUUCCCAAGCACCAGUGCCAGAUUGCAAAUGGUGGAUGCAGCCACUUAUGUCUCCUUUCUCCUGGAGGAGAACACAAAUGUGCCUGUCCCACAAAUUUUUACUUGGCUGCUGACAAUAAAACCUGUCUUUCCAACUGCACCUCCAGUCAGUUCCGCUGCGGCACAGAUGAGUGUAUUCCUUUCUGGUGGAAGUGUGACACGGUGGAUGACUGUGGCGAUGGCUCAGAUGAGCCUCCCGAUUGCCCGGAGUUCAAAUGUCAGCCUGGACGUUUUCAGUGUGGUACAGGCCUGUGUGCUCUUCCUCCUUUCAUCUGUGAUGGCGAAAAUGACUGUGGUGACAACACAGACGAGGCUAACUGUGAGACAUACAUCUGUCUGUCAGGACAGUUCAAGUGCACAAGGAAACAGAAAUGUAUUCCUAUCAACUUGCGCUGCAACGGUCAGGACGACUGUGGCGAUGGGGAGGAUGAGACGGACUGCCCUGAGAGCACCUGCUCCCCAGACCAAUUCCAGUGUAAGGCCUCCAUGCACUGCAUCUCCAAGCUGUGGGUUUGUGACGAGGACCCGGACUGCGCAGACGGCUCAGAUGAGGCAAACUGUGAUGAAAAGACCUGUGGACCUCAUGAAUUUCGGUGCGAGAAUAACAACUGCAUCCCAGACCACUGGAGGUGUGACAGUCAGAAUGACUGUGGAGAUGGCUCAGACGAGGAGAACUGCAAGCCAGUCACAUGUAACCACAAAGACUUUGCCUGUGCAAAUGGAGAGUGCGUUUCCUUCCGAUUCCGCUGUGAUGGAGACUAUGACUGCUUGGAUAAUUCAGAUGAGAAAGGCUGUGAGGAACACUGUCCAGAUGACCAGUUUAGAUGUCACAAUAACCUCUGCAUCUCACUUAAGUUGGUAUGUGAUGGUCAAGAAGAUUGCAAGACGGGGGAAGAUGAAAAGAGCUGCCAGGGAACAGUUGUCCCGUCUUGCUCUGUGAACGAGUAUGUCUGUACCAGUGGUGGCUGUGUGUCCGCCAGCCUGCGGUGUGAUGGACAUGAAAACUGUAUGGAUGGCUCAGAUGAGAUCGGCUGUGUGAAGGAGUGCAGAGAGGAUGAGUUUCUGUGCCUAAAUCGUGCCCACUGCAUCCCUCGGCGCUGGCGCUGUGAUGAUGUACUGGACUGCAUGGAUCACAGCGAUGAGGAUAACUGUAGCCAUGGAGCUUUCUUCUGCCGGCCUGAUGAAUUCACUUGCAACAAUACUUUAUGCAAACUCCACACAUGGGUUUGUGAUGGCAAGGAUGACUGUGGAGAUAACUCUGAUGAAGAUAGAGAUAUGUGCGAAACUCUGACCUGUCCUCCUACAAGGCCUUUCCGUUGUAGAAAUGACCAUGUGUGUCUGCGCACAGACCAAGUCUGCAACAAAGUGGAUGACUGCGGUGACAAUUCAGACGAAGAAGAGUGCGAAGUGAUGGCUGGAAGACCUCGGCCCUGCGGGAAGACAGAGUUCACCUGCAGUAAACGACGCUGCAUCCCAUUGCAACUCCAGUGUGACCUCUUCAAUGACUGUGGGGAUGGCGGGUCUGAUGAGCAGGACUGCAAGUCAUUUUCCAGUGGAGAUGUAUGUGGAAAGAAAACAAAUCCGUGUGGGGAGGAUGCCAUUUGCAACCAGACAAAUGCUUUUGCUAUAUGCCAGUGCAAACCUGGUUUCAAGAGGAACCAAAAUAACGGCCAGUGUAUAGAGAUAAAUGAGUGUCUGCAGUUUGACACUUGUCCUCAUUACUGCAUAAACUCUAAAGGAUCUUUUAAAUGCACAUGUGAUCGGAAUUAUAAGGAGAUCAAUGGCAACUGUGUAGCAAAAGGAACGGAGGAUCAAGCGCUCUAUAUAGCAAACGAUACUGAAAUACGAAGCUUCCUUUAUCCAUAUAACCAAAGCCAUGGACACAAACUGCUUGCUCACAUUGAGAACAAUGCCCGCAUCAUUGGCAUGGAUGAUCUGUUUCAUCCCCAGAAAUUUAUCUGGGCAACACAGUUUAACCCUGGUGGAAUUUUUUACACAGACUCUUUUGAAAGGAGCCAGACUAAAUCAAAUGUUCGAAACAUUUGUUCAGACUUCCGUCGUCCCAGAGAUAUUUCUGCUGACUGGAUCACAAGCAACAUUUAUUGGACUGAUCACUCUCGGAUGCACUGGUUCAGUUAUUACACAGCCCACUGGACAAAAUUACGAUAUUCAAUAAAUGUGGGCCAACUUAAGGGACCAAAUUGCACCCGCCUGAUUACAGACAUUGCAGGAGAACCAUAUGCUAUUGCUGUAAACCCAGCCAGAGGAAUGAUGUACUGGAGUGUAAUUGGUGAUCACUCUCAAAUAGAGGAAUCAGCCAUGGAUGGAUCAUUGCGCAGAGUGCUUUUGGAGAAAAAUCUUCGAAGGCCUACUGGACUGGCAAUUGAUUACUUCAACCAGCGUAUUUACUGGGCUGAUCCUGACCUCUCGCAUAUAGGAAGCAUGAGAUUGGAUGGCUCAGACCCCCUAGUGACAAUCAGCGAUAGACACGGGAUUUCUCAACCAUACAGAAUUGAUUUAUUUGAGGAUUAUAUCUAUGGAACUGGCCUGAAACACGAGGUCUUCAAGAUUCACAAGUUUGGAAAACAGUCGGUGGAAUAUCUCAGUUUGGGAGUGGAGAGAGCCACAAAUAUUUUCAUCUCCUCCCGUUAUAAACAGCAAGCUGUGUCAAAUCCAUGCUUGAGAAUGUCAUGCGAAUUCAUGUGCCUGCUCAACCCAACGGGUGCUAGAUGUAUCUGUCCAGAGGGUAAAGUGCUGCUUAAUGGCACCUGUAGCGAUGUCAACACCUCAGGUGAAUUGUGUCAUCCCCCCUGUGAGAACGGAGGCCGCUGUUUAGCCAAUGAAAAAGGAGAUUGGAGGUGUUACUGCUGGCCGGACUUUUCAGGGGAGCGCUGUGAGGUCAACCACUGCACUGACUACUGCUUAAAUGGAGGAACCUGCAUGGGCUCGCCACUGGGAAAGCCUACAUGCCGCUGUCCUGUUGGAUUCUCUGGCCCUUUCUGUGAGAAGAAGAUUUGUGACAAUUACUGUUUAAAUGGAGGAACAUGUGAUGUCACUCAAGGGAACCAACCAGUGUGUCGUUGCAUGGGGGAAUAUACCGGAGACCGUUGUCUUUACCACAUAUGUCAUCACUACUGUGUGAACUCAAAGGCCUGUACGUUAUCCAGUAGCGGCUAUGUGGAGUGUGUGUGUCCCGCAAGGUUUGAAGGAAACAAGUGCGAGUUGGACAAGUGUCUUCGCUGCCACGGAGCUCCCUGCCUCAUUAACGAGGAGUUAGGAGAUGUGGUUUGCAAUUGCACGAAUGGCAGAAUCGCUCCGAGCUGUCAGCUGUGUGAUGGAUAUUGCUACAAUGGAGGUACCUGUCACCUGGACCCCGACACCAGCCUACCGUUCUGUCACUGCACAUCAGGGUUCAAGAACCAACGUUGUGAUGAGCUGGCCAACCCCUGCGAUUACUUCUGUCAGAAUGAGGGGAUGUGCACAUUAACAGCUCUUAACAAACCUCGCUGCAAAUGUUCAGCCAAUUGGGCAGGAACACAGUGUGAGCGACCUGCUCCUAAAAGCAGCAGAUCAGACAAUGCCAGUGGAGGGAGCAUUGCCAUCAUUGUUCCUCUGGUCUUGUUGGUGAUCUUGAUUGUGAUGGUGGUAACAGGAGUUUAUAUCUGCAGACAGAGGCAAAGGGGGAAACGUGUCCAGAGGCAGCCCAUGACGAACGGAGGAAUCAAUGUGGAGAUUGGGAACCCAUCGUACAAUAUGUAUGAGGUGGACCACGAUAACCAUGCCGAUGCUGGUAGCCUGUUGAGACCUAAUUUUACACUGGACCCGCACAAGGGCUGGUGUGUGAAGUCCAGUGAUCCUCACACCUUGGGCCUCAAUUCAGUGCCCAAGGAGGUAAUCCCUGGACAGCCUGUGAACUACUCCAACCCUGUGUAUGCAAAGAUCUAUAUUGAUGGGCAAAACUGCCGGAAGCCAGUCAUCAGUAUUGAUGAGAGGAGAGAGCUACUCCCAAAGAAACUAGAGGGGACAAUUCAUGAAACCACCGCAUAGCCUAACCUUACACUUUGUACCUUUUGUUUGUUUUAGUUUUUUUACCAUUUUUUUUAACCACAUUAUACAAUGUAUAUUAUGAAGGUGGGAACAAGAUUUUUCUAUUUCCUGAGGGACUUCGUUUUACUGGAUUAGCAUAAUGUCUUUAUUGGUGUGCUCAAAGGUUCUAUUUUCCAUUUACCAAUUGCUUUCUAAUGUUUGUUAAAGAUACAGCGCUACACUGUAUACUGUACUGAAGUAAAGCUGCAAAAACUUCAUUAACGCCAUAAGCCAUUCUUGUGCAGAGUUAAAAUGUUAAAAUACAGUGCUAAAAUUUGUACCCACACCUGUUUUGAGCUUGAAAGGAAUAGAGAAAUUUAGCUGCUUUGUGAGGCUAAUCAAAGAAAAUGUUAAUUUUCCAGUGCAAAUGUAUGUAUAGUACAUAAAGGUUACUCUUUUAUUGAUAAUAUUAUUAUUAUUUACACAUAGUGUAUGGACCACAGAGUUUCACAACUGAGUAAUGAAGCUUGAUAAUUUUGAGGUGUUGUCUUUUUUUGUGCUCUGCACCUGGUGAAUCGACUCACUGAAGACUACAAUAUAAACAAGACCUUUUGUCACACAGUAUGUAAUUUCACAAUUGUGUCUAAUUCGUUUCCAAGGACGUCAUGUUCCAUUUGCCCUGUUUCUAUGGAAGUAUACCAUAUGAACUAAUCUUUUGGUGAAAGAGAUUAAAGUCCAUGCUGAAUGUUCACUCAUCAUGUUCCUGCAUCCUGUACUGUAUCCAGAGAGGACAAACACUGAAUACCGUAUUUUUCUAGGUCUCAUAUGUCAAGAGAUGGAUUAAAUAUGGAGAAAAUGGAAGAGAUUUACCACAGCCACAAAGGUUAAAAAUUAUUAUACAACACAUCUGUUUCUGCAGAAAAAGAAGAUGAUAGAUAUAAGAAAUUUUAUAAUUUUGUAUUUGAUUUGUAUGUUGUUUGGCUGCUUGUAUUUUGAAGAAAUGUAUUAAAUGUAAGUAAUUUUUAUAUAAAGUGUAAAUCAGUAUUGA